GGGAAUAUCAGUCCAGAAAGUACAAUUACAAAGAUAUGAUGAAUUGAAAAUUUCGCAAUAUUCAGCAUCCCCUGCAGACGAUUUUGUCCAUCUAUAGAAUCAAAGAUACUGAGAUUUCCUGGAAGAAAACAUCAAGUCUGGUUGGAACCUGAGGGUUUUGACAGUGAGGUGAUCUAUCCUAAUGGAAUAUCUUGUACUAUGCCAGAAGAAGAUCAACAUAGAUUGGUCAAGUCAAUACCUGGAUUAGAAAAUGCUCAAUUAGUGCAACCAGGUUAUGGUGUAGAGUAUGAUUAUAUAGAUCCACGACAGCUGAAACCAUCACUAGAAACUCUUCGUAUACAGAACUUAUUCCUUGCAGGUCAGAUUAACGGAACAACAGGGUAUGAAGAGGCAGCCGCUCAGGGUAUUAUAGCUGGUAUUAAUGCAGGGCUAAAGGUGAAAAAUAGGCCAGCAUUUAUUAUAGAUAGAACAGAAGGUUAUAUAGGUGUUUUAAUAGAUGAUUUGACAACUCAUGGUACCAAUGAACCUUAUCGUAUGUUCACCAGUAGAGCAGAGUUCAGAUUAUCUUUAAGACCUGAUAACGCUGAUAUGAGACUCACAGAAAAAGGUUAUAGUACAGGUUGUGUCCAUGAAGAAAGGUUGCAGAAGACUGUCAAACUUAAACAAGAAGUAGAAGACAGUAUGGCAUUGUUGAAAUCUGUACAGAAAAAAAAUAAUGCAUGGAAGAAAGAUUUUGGAAUUGUUAACAGAGACUGUCAUCUAUAUAAAAGUGCCUAUGAUAUGUUGACUUUUCCGGGUAUAACUGUGGAUAAAUUAGCAGAUAGAUACCCAGAGUUAUUCGGCCAUCUUAAAGGUAGAAAGUCACUCCAAGAAAGAUUGGAAGUUGAAGCUAGAUAUGCAAGUGAUGUAGCCAGUCAACAGAUGGAAAUAAACGAAGUUAGAAGAGAAGAACAAUUAGUUUUACCUGAACAUCUGGAUUAUUUCAGAUUGAAUAUAUCCGAGGAUUCCAAGAAUAAACUAUCUGAGGCACGUCCUGCAACGAUAGCUGCUGCCAGUAGAAUACCAGGUAUUACACCAGCUGCAAUAUUUAUAUUACUGAAACAUGUUCAAAGAGAAUUUAAAGUUAACAGAAAUAAUAUUGGUGUUUCCUGAGAGAUAGUGAAUUUUAAAAAUGGAUAAGAAAAAGAGAUUAAAUGCUUGGUGUGUGAGCGUAGUAUUUAUGAUGUGCAAAACAAAAAGUGACAUAAAUGUUAACAGUUUGUGAUUGUGUCCUAAAAAAUUCUAAGGGGAUGAUCGAUUGUCAGUCCGGAACGUCCCGAAUUGACAGAAUCGCAAUCAAGUGAUACGGAAUUAAGUCCUGUCACAGUUCUGUCAAUCCAAACAGCUGAGGUGGUGUGUGAGUAGAAUCGUGACGUAUUUUAGUUAGCAAAUAUGUUUCAGCUGCCAUGAUUGGUUGAGAUAUUUUAUAUGCAGUCGGCACAUGCGUUGUACUCCGAAAUUCUCCUUUUCACUCGAUUGACACUAUUUUUGGGAUUGAGAGAAUUCAAUUCUGGAACGUUCAAUCAAGCAUCUCCUAAAUGUUAUAAGUGGUGAAAAUUUAUAAAUCUGAAAAUGAUUUAUUUCCACAGCAGCAGCAUUAAAAUAAACUAACAACUAAAAUGGCAGAACAAUACGAUGUGCAUCUUAGGAAACAAUAAAAUGUUACUCUAAUUUAUAUCAAA